AUGGAAGAAGCAACGUUUUUAAUUGCGUUGUUUAUGGUAGCUCUUGUUAUCAUUAUAACGCUCCCCAUUGGAGUUUAUGAGAAAAGUACGAAUGCAGCAUGCCUCUCAAGGAGAAGAUUAGAAGGGAAGACUAUGAUAGUGACCGGUGAAACGGUAGGCAUUGGACUUAUGCUAUCAACAGACUUAGCACAUAGAGGUGCUAAAGUGAUCAUAGCUUGUCCUUUCUUAGUUGUAGGCAUCGAAGCAAGAGCAAAAAUAAUAGAAUAA